AGGCUUGCUUUCAUCCAAUUCAGCAUUGUUUGUAAGCUUUUUUACCGCAUCGUUCAACAACUUUUAGUUUCACAAUUUUUUCCUGACCUUGUAUCAUUAUAAUUCGAAAAAAAUGUUCGGUGGAGGUAUGGCACAGCAGCAGUUCGGCGCACCCCAGGCGCCACCGGCAAUUACCCAGCAGAAGGUAGAGGCAGAGUGGAAGUUGGUGCUCGUGGGCGAUGGCGGUGUGGGAAAAACGACACUUGUGAAGCGACAUCUUACUGGUACUAUUCAAGACGCUUGUGAAGCGACAUCUUACUGGUCGUACUUUUUUUCUAAGGGAGGAGCGUGUAGGUGCUAUGUGCCUAUUAGGGGUGCGCAGAAAAUAGAACCAUAUCUUCUUUUCUAGUAAAUGGUCUUAUGAUCUAUAGUCCUCGUGAGGAGGCUCCGCGUAGUUAUAUUUUGUUUCUUUCUAUUAACUUUCCCAUUAUUUUUAUGCCAACAUAGGUGAGUUCGAGAAGAAGUAUAUUCCCACAUUGGGAGUUGAGGUGCAUCCUUUGAAAUUUGCGACGAACUGUGGCGUUAUCUGCUUCAAUGUGUGGGAUACAGCAGGCCAAGAAAAGAUGGGCGGAUUAAGAGAUGGGUACUACUGACUUAUGAUGUCGAUAUAGGGAUACAACUAGAUGGGUAUUUCUUGGUGGAUAAAUGGAUUGAGAGAUGUGGUGAGGAGAAUAGAUGAACCCGCCUCUAAACCAGCCAUAGCCUUUUCCUAGAAGCAUGUCGAUCCUUUACUAGUUGUUCAUCACUACCGGCAUUUUUAUUUCAUCAACAACGUAAAAAAAGAGGUGAUUGAUUUGUGAAAAAAACAGGUACUACAUCCAGGGAGAGUGCGCAAUUAUCAUGUUCGACGUGACCUCGCGAAUUACGUACAAGAGCGUCCCGGAGUGGUAAUUUCCUAAGACUUAGAUAAUCCUGUUAUCCUGUGUCUUUCGUCUUCCUAUUCUAGCUUGAAAUAUGCAGCUUCUGCCUAUCACUAGGUUCUGCCUUCCUAUAAUUCUAGGUUGAAAUAUGCAGCUUCUGCCUAUCUUUAUUCAUUCCAGAAUAAAACACCUUUUCUCUCCGCGUGAUCCAGGUACAAGGACAUCGUGCGAGUCUGCGAGAAUAUCCCGAUCGUAUUGGUCGGAAACAAGGUCGAUGUCAAGGACAGGCAAGUCAAGGCACGAAACAUCCAGUUCCACAGAAAGCGAAAUCUUCAGUAAUCUUUCUAGACUUUCUUUUGGCUUAACGAUUUUUAGCUACAAAGGUCUCAAACACUUUCAUCUAAUAUACCUGCUUUUCUACCUUCUCAACCUCCUGAAACACUUUUCUGUUUAUACUUACCUUCAAACCACUCUCCACCAUACAACUGCCUUUAAACAACAAUUUUACAACAACAACAACAACAACAACCUCCAUCUCGGUUCCAACAUCACAACCAACCAAGGUACUACGAUCUCUCUGCGCGAUCGAACUUCAACUUCGAGAAGCCAUUCUUGUGGCUGGCGCGAAGGCUGAGUAGCAACAAAGACCUUAUCUUCGUGGAGGAGGUUGCGAAACCACCCAUCGUCCAAAUCAACCAAGAGGAUAUCGCACGUCUUCAGGCAGAUGCACUGGAGGCAGCCAACGUGCCGAUCGACGACGAAGAUGACGACGAUUUGUAGACGGUUUUUUUUUCGGUUUUUCAUUGAAGACAAAGAACGAUGUUUGAUUGUUAUAAGGUUUAGGGACGUAUUAGUAUUUUAGGAGAAACUAGUCUUGAUGUCGUGAUCGUAAAUCUGAACUUGAUUCAAGGAGGAUGAAACCAAAUUCUCUUGAAAAAGUUGUCUGAAAAGAGGUAGAGCCGCAUUUCUACAGAAGGCGCGAGAAGAACUGGUGUGGGAAGGACUGUCUGGGAGAAGUGCGUGGUGAGCUUCUUUUCCUGUAUGUUAGGCCUUCCGCCAUAGGAGGAAUUUUAUUAAGCCGAACCACACUGCUGCCUCUAUCAGAUGACAGGGUGGUGAACGACAUGAAUUUCCUCAUUAAAACGACCAUUUAUACGAGCAUGGCCACCUGAGCUUUUAUCGGAAUACGAGUUGUCUUGUUCGAGUGAAAUUAACUUGGUUUGACUGAGCUCCUACCAUUAAGUCAUCAAACUUCUACAUUUAGCGCAAAGAUGGUCAAUGGAUCCUAAGUCUUUUUUCCCGAAAUUUGCAUCAUAUAGAACCUACCUAAGCCUACGCUCUUGGUCGUUGAUUCGCUCUCAGAAAGCUUGACUACAUCUACAACGAACCCAAAAGAUCUUCCUUAUAUCACAAGUUAAAACUACUGUAUUUGCA